AUGGAGAUGUAUCAAGGUUGCACGCCGGGUUUUCCUCCUCUCCCGCAAGGCUGGGAGAUGAAAGUUGACCCAAGUUCUGGAAGACCGUUCUUUAUUGAUCACAAAACGAGAACUACUUCGUGGGAAGAUCCGAGGGCCCAAAAGCCAUACUCGGUAAGUAUGAAGGUUUUGAAAAAAAUUCUGUGUUUUUUAGCACAGUUCAAGAACAAAAGGUACGCCCAGUGCAACUCUUUUGGGAAAUUUUACCGAAAGAGACUUUAAGAAAUUGAUUGCACAACUACAAGGUUAAUACUAUAAGCUUACAUAAAAACUGUUCAAUAAUCGAACGACUUACUGUCCUUUAGUACCCAUGGUCGUCUCCCGCUUCGUUGAAUUGUAACAAGUAAUUCGCGCCCGGUCAACUGAGUCAUAUUUUAUCCAUAAUUUUUUGGCAAAACACAUACAACUGCUGAACUUAAAGCAUGAGAUUGCUGUGCACAACAGCCUUCUGUGGUUUAAAACUUUGUUUUGUUUGAUAAUCUGUGCAUAUUGUCUUUCCGCAGCAUGUUCUCAGAAGUAGAAUAUUUGUCCAGUGAGGCCUUUAUAAUUAACUGCUGUAAUUUGAAAUAAAAGUUAAAAGUUAAAAUUUGAACUGCCACCAUUUCAUUGAUGAUGCUGUUGAUCAGCGAAAGCUCCGAUUAGAAUUUUAAACUUUUAUUUUAAUUACAGCAGUUUAAGGCCUCAUUGAACAAUAUUUUACUUUUGUGUUUUGUAAGUUUUCUUUUUGCCCUGAAUUGUCAAACUCUCUUUCAUAAGUGAGUUUCCAUGUAAUCAUGAUAGCCAUGAACAGCUGAAGACUGAGAUUGCAAGAAGAAAAAAAAAAACAACAAAAACACUUGUAUCAUUGCCUGGCAUGACUUUACUAGAAGUAUAAGCUGUCUAAUACUAGGAGAUCUUAUUUGUAUAAGCUUCUAGAGGGCUCCUUGUGGCCUCUCAUUCUUAUUCAUCAGGCAUAUUGAUGUAAAUUUUGCAACAAAUGCACAAUAAACAAUUAAAAUCUGUCUGGCAGGUACCUGGUUCUCAGCCAACCAAUCCAACACCAACACAGCCUUUCCAGAUGCCGUCAGCAAAUCCUGGUCAACAGUAUCAGACUCCUUCGGUAUCAAAUACAAGUCAGUCAUAUCAAAUGCCUUUGCAAAGUUCAAACUACCAGAGUCAAGUGGCCAGUCAUCAGUCUUAUCAAAUGCCGCCUGGUCAGCCUCAACAGAUGCUGGCAGCAAGACAGUCUUAUUUGGCUAGAGAUGGCUCUGUGCCUGGGAAGCCGUAUCAAACACAACAGCCUCCAAAUCAACCUCUCCAUAAUUCAGGUCCGAGUCAACAGUACCCAGCCUCCAUGCCUGUGCCAAACACAAGCCAAGGUUAUCAAAUGUCUGCUGCAAAUACAAGCCAAUCAAACCAAAUGACUCCUGUGAGUCCAGUAUCAUCUCCUGGUGGCGCGUAUCAAACUAUGACACAAUCCCCUGGUGCUUUUCAGCAAGCAUCCUCUUUGGCUCCAGAUCAAUCGUAUCAAGUACCACCACAGCCAUAUCAUGCCCCUCCACCAAACCUGGAUCAACCUUUCCAGGUAUGAUUCUCACCCCAGCAGGGUCAGGGUCCCCAGUAAAAAUGCCCCCUUCUCCUCAUUUCCUUUUGGAGGAGGCAUAAUAUUUUAGUAUAAUGUAUUACAAUGGCUAGCCUGAAAAUAUAGCUGUCUCUCCUUGCUCCAAUAGGCCACUUGCACUAAGAGGUCACGUGACCAAUACUUCCCUUAAACAAUUAGUUGGAAUCCUGCUGAUGCCAAAAAUUGACAGAGCACAUAAAAAUUAUCUUACACCCGAAAUUUGAGAGGAAAAGCAUCUAAGGGAGAUAUUUUAUGGCACUUUGAUUUUUCAGCAAAGUAGUAUGAUUUGUAUUGGCCGCCAUGUUGGAGGGCAAGAGUAUGCUCUCCAACAUGGCGGCCAAAACUAGUUUUUGCUUACAUCUUGUUAAACUUUUGAUAGUUAUGCUCAGAUGUGCUGCAAACGUUACCAGAUCAUUUUUUCAACAUUUUCGUUGAAGUUUAAGUGCAAAAUUUGUAUUCAGAAAGAAGUAAUUCAUAAUUUUCAAAAUCACAUUUUGGUCACGUGACCAGCUACAAACUUACUCAUUUUAAGACAACGGUGUAGGUUUGAAAAACCAAAUCACUUUUAUUUUGUUUAGGAUAUGACCCACUAAUCAUUUUUUGAAGGCAAAAUCAUAUAACUUUCAUUUUCAUAAAAACAAUGUCACAUGACCUGUUAGUGCAAAUGGCCUAUUGCCACCAGAUGGCUGCUGAUAAGUGCAUUUAGUAACAGCUGCAGAACAGUGCCCAUAUCCUUGUUUUCAGCCCCCAAUGAACUCAAUGAAUUACUAGAAAUGCAUUUUGAAUUUCCCUUCAACCUAAUUGGCCAAUAAACAAUAAGAUUUCAGUGCUGUUUCACAGAAGGACUAAACCAGAUGUCCAGUUCUGUCUGUGACACAGGCUUGUUUCUUACUAGAGAAUCUCUGUUACCUUACACUGUCUAUAAUAUUAUGGAAGUAAAAUAAUAUUUUAUUGUGCAGGUUUCAAGUUCUAGUCUUGGCCAACCCAUUCCAGACGCAAGAUCACUUCCUGGUCAGCCUGUGCAGCCUCAGACGCCCUCUUUUCAGGGAAACCAAGCUCUUCCAUCGACUAGCCAAUCGUACCAGGGUUCAGGUCAAACAUAUCCUCCAACUUCUCACAACCCCCAUCAAUCAUAUCAACCAAGUCAAAGUCCUGGGCAGCCACCAUUCCAAGGUGCAAGGUCUGCAUUUCCUGGGUACCCAUCGGGUUACCCUCAUCAAGGGCAAGUGAAUGUACCACAGACUGACAAGCAAUACCAAAUGGAUGGUCUUCCAAGCACAGCACCAUUUCCCUCAUCUCUUGGUGUAGAUGGUUCAAGACCCACUCAACAAGUUUCUCCGGGUCAUUUAGCAGGGAGCGGGCAACAACCGCAGCAAAUGAUGCCGCCCUCCUCUGUUCCUCACUCACCUGGAAUAAUAGGUUCUAAUCAACAGGUACAACAAUAUCCUUAUCAAAAUAACUAUUAUUCCUCGCCUCCGACACCAACUAUGCCAGGAAAUAGACCAGUACCAGAUAGCCAGGGGAACAUGCCAUAUCCGACAUCAUCGGUUUCAAUGCCCCAAGGCUACGGUCAACAGACAAAUGAUGGGAGACCAGUGACUUACCCCCCAUCUGUCCCACCCCAGACACCACAGCAGUGGAUACCUCCAUUUGCACAUGCUGGACCUCCUGGUCACAUGAGCAGUCCAUAUCAGUAUGGUUCUCAACCAGUAUCAUACCCUCCAGAACAGUCCAUUAACAGGCAACCACAAUCGCAGACUCCUCAGUCCAGUUAUUAUCCAGGUUCAUACACAAGUGGACCUGGGUAUUCAAUGCCAGGUCAACAACAACCUGUAUCUUCCAGUAGGCAGCCCUAUGCACAGCCUCCCUCACAAGCUUAUAGACCUGGUUACCCGCAGCCUGGUGUGGCUGAUCCUCGGGCCGCUCAGUAUUCUCCUCACAGGUCUGCUUCAUCAGCUUCGAAAAUCAGCUCAAUUGACAUGCUGCUGUGUCAUGCAGAGGAGUUGGAGCCUAGAGUGUUGAAUUUCUCUGGGAGAAGAGGUAAGCUGUAGUUUAUUAGAGUGUGGGUUCUUAUUUGAGGAAAUGCGUCAUCUUGUUAUAUAUGCAACAAUGAAAUACCAGGUGAACAUUGGCGCGAAAACAUGAUUAUUAUUUUUCACAUGUGAAAUUAACAGGUUAUCUUCACACGUGAAAAGAUCACCAUCCCUAUGACUACAUAAUAAAACACACCUUUCACAGCAAAAAACUAUUAAAGUGAAAUAGUUUGCUAUUUCAUUUGGUAUUUAUGUGAUAAAAUCAAUAGAACAUUUUGGCUUCUUGGAGAUACAAAAUUUCCCGGUGCGGCCGUGUUAUAUCCUCUAUUUCUCUAACCAAAAUGUCAGUAACUUAAAGGGCAUUCAAAAAAUAUUGUGUAAUAAGAAUUAAUACAGUACAUUGGGCUUCAGAACCCAGCCAAAUAGAAGGGCAGAACAUAAUCAGAUUUAAAAAAAGAAAAUAAUACAAUUAUUGGAAAAGAAAAUAAUGCUUUGCAAAAUAAUGGGUGAAGAAUUCUUUUGAAAUUUUUAUUAGCAGAACAUAACUUAUUUUAUUAUAUAGACACGAGUGUUUACUGGAAAGUAUACCACUUGUAAAAUUCAUAAAAGCUACAUCCGGGACCCGAGUGGUUUAUUUUCCAUAAUCUCACACAUGAGUUUAUCAAUGACGUAAUUUCGGUAAUUUCCCCCUAUUAUUUUAUCAAUGUCUUUUUGUCUAUAUAAUAAAAAGAACAUUACACAGCGGCUUGAAGAUAUGAAUUUUAUUUUCUUAUGGCGAAAACAAUAUUUUACUCACUCACUGCGGUCGUUCAUAAAAUAUUGUUUUGCCACUCGAAAAUAAAAUCAUAUCUUCGCUCCACCGUGUAAUAUCCUCUAUAUACAUUUUUAAUUAUUGUUAAUUAUAUUGGUAACGCAAAUAAUGCUUUGGAAAAUAAUAAUGUGUGAAGGAAAUCUUGAAAUGUAUGUUAGCAGCACAAUAUAACUUAUUGUAUUAUACAUUGUACUCAUUAUCUGUGUUCUCAUUGGCUAAGAGCCUACAGCUAAUUUUGGAAUUCGGUGCAAGUUAGUCAGUUACCUGGUAGCAGAUAACUGACAAAUCUGUAGUCAGUUAUCCGAAUAAUCUGAGUAAACUGUAGGUUACAUGCAAUGCAUGAUUUCCAAUAACAUUCUCAAUUCAGGUUCCUCGCGACAGUGUGUUUGUCAUUAUUUUCUUCAAAACAAUGUAUAAGCUGGGUAAGUGUUAUCAGCCUUGGCCUUUGGCUUGGCUGAUAACACUUACCUCAACCUUGAUUAUUCGGGAUAUCACAAAAACCUCAUCCAAUCAUUACAUUGUUUAAUACAUUUUUAGUUGUUAUUCAAAUAAUUAUUAAUUUUUGCUCCUCUUUCCCCAGGUGAUAGAGAGUUUAUUUUCCUAGAUGAGCAGCUAACUAAAUUAAUUUUGGAUCUUGAUAAAGUCCAAACUGAUGGCUUAGAAGAUGUCCGAAUCGCGCGCAAGUCAGCUGUACAGAGAAUACAGUUCUUGAUUGACACAUUAGAAUCUAAAGGUUGAAACAGCAACGUAAUAUUAUUUAUAGUUAUGGACUGAGUUACUAGAAGCCCUAUUAGCUCCAAUUGGCCUUUUGCAUUAGUUGAUCAUGUUAUCAACUUUCUGUAAACACGAAAACAGUUUGCUUUUGAAAACUUUUGUUAGCACAAACUGAAAGAGCAUGUUAAAAUAAGGUAACCUAUAAGUUUUCAGCCAUUUAUUCAUAAAAUAUUCCAUCAAGCAUAACAGGCAAUUUGAGCCCUUAAAUGCGUAACGAGAAGAUUUAACGACAGUUUAAAAAGUUCAGAUUUACAAGGAUUUGUAUGGAAAACCACUCAAUUUUGACUGGGUGGCAAGAGUUGUUUUCUCAUACAAGUCCUUCUAAUUUUUGGCAGUCAUUGCAAUCGCUAGUUUUGAGAUAUAUGGCUGAAAAUUUACAUGUUCGUUAACUCUAAUGUGCUCUUUCAGUUGCUACUAACAAAAUUUUCCAAAAGUGAACGAUUUGCAAGUUUACAGAAAGAUGAUCGCGUGACCAACUAUUGCAAAAGGGCUAUAGUUGUCAAGGUAACCAUUGAUGAAUUGGGGAGGGGCUGGACUCAAUUUUUAGGUCAAAACAGAGGCCUGAGGAGCAGCCUAAGAGCAGUUCCCCUUAAGUUAAGGUUUGGAUCCACCACUGGUAACCAUGGUAACCCCAGAUUUGUUCUAAUUGGUUUUCAACCAACUUUGUCAGUAUCUUGAGAUCUGAAUGUGAGGCGAGAUAAGAUUUUUCCUUCUAAAAACAUUUCUUGAGAGUUGAUGUUUACAAUGUUUGUACCCUGGUCGUAACAGGAUUUUAGCAUUCUCCUAAAAUAUGGACGCCCCAUGGUGAUUUCCAUUGCUUACUGCUAGUAGAGCUAGACUAGGCAAUAAGAAUAUUGUUGCACUUUGCCUUUUGAUGCUUAUGUUAGGAAAAAAUUAUUCUUGGUAACUUCAACAAUCAUUUUUCCAAGUCAAUUGGUUUGAUACAUAUUUAACUUUUAGACGAGCCUUUUUUUGUUAGAAUUCAAUAAUGCUUAUAGCAAUAGAAGAAGAAUUUAUCAGUUUUAUAGUGCAGUAAAAAGCGCUUAUAGCUAGAACCUGAAAGACAUUGUUCACCUUUAAUUAAUUUUACAAAGUUUAUAACAAAGUUGGCCAGUUAUAAUAAAAGUAGAAAGGACAAUAUUUUAAAUUUAUUUUAAGGAUGUGGUUCACCAUUAUAAUGGCUGUAUAAUGGUUGUGAAUUGAAUUGUACACUGUUUUAGUGUAUACUUCAAAAAUACUUGUAUGCUUGGCAAAAGUUUGUACAAGUUAAAACUAUAACAUUAUUACAGGUUUAAUCACGUAAAAUAAUUGUAUUUAGUGGAUGAAAUCUUCAUGUUAGUUAAUGGAUAGGUCCAGGUGACCAGAUCAUGCUGCCUAGUAAAAUAUGUUAUUUUUGGUGCAUUUGUGUCAGCAUUUUGUU